AUGGAGCGCUUCGAGUGCUACGUCAUCGCGUCCAAGAACCAUGGCCAGCCAGAAGAGAAGUGCAGUUUUUUUCUUUCCUGCUGUGGGCCCGCGAUGUUCGUGUCGGCCAGAGCCCUGGCCGCCCCGCGGCCCGCUUACAAACUGGGGUGGGACAAUCUAAUGGCUAAACUCAAAAGCCACUACGCCCCUACACCAUCUAAAAUAGCACGACGUUUUGCCUUCCGCCGCCGCAUACAGAAGCUCUAUGAGUCCAUCAGCCAGUUCCUGGAAUCGCUUCGCACAACAGCAGCGCAGUGCGAUUUCCAAAACCUAGAGGAGAACCUGGUGGAGCAAUUCGUAUGCGGCGUGCGAGAUGUCAACUUGAGAAGCCGGAUGUUCAGGCACCAGGACAUCACCUUGCUGCAGGCCGUGGAGACUGCCAGAGCAGCCGAGCUCUCUGAACAGUCCACGGCUGAUAUUGAGCGUCUGCAAUUGGCUUCGCCAACGCCUGCCCAGAUGUCUGCUGGCCUCCUUCUCAGACCCACUGCACAGCCCCAAGCGCAGCCGCGCCGCCAACCGCCGCGGCCCGCUCGGCGGGCUGAAGACUGCCACACGAUCUACCAGCCGCACGCCGUUGAGGGCUCGGUGAGCCAAGCCUCUGCAGGAGCCUGGAAAGUUGCUGCCACGGUCCAGCUGGAAGGUCAGCCUUGCCUGAUGGAGGUGGACUCGGGCUCUUCCCGCUCCCUACUUUCCUGGGCUGCCUUCUCCCGCCUCUGCCCCAAGGUCUCCCAAGCCCAGCUCCUGCCGGCUGAUACGACCCUAUGGGACUAUCAGGGAAACCUCAUCCCCACUCUGGGGUCCUUUCCCAUUUCCGUAGCUUACGGCUCCUUCCAGGGGAAAUUGCCUAUCCUAGUAGUUAAGAAGUCACUGCCUGCCCUACUAGGUCUAGAUUGGUUCCCUGCCUUGGGUCUGUCCAUAGGGGGGGUGCACCGGGUGGUAUCUUCCUCCCUGGAGGGCAUCCUGUCUGAAUUUGCGGAUGUUUUUGAUGGCCAAUUAGGCUGCUACAAGGGCACCCCCAUCUCCCUCAGCCUCGACCCUCAGGUUGCUCCUAUCUGGCUCAAGGCCCGCAGGGUGCCUUUUGCCUUAAGGGCCAAGGUUGACGCCGAGCUUGACAAGCUCCUGGCGCAGGGCGUUAUCGAACCCGUGGAUCACUCUCGCUGGGAGACCCCAAUUGUCCUCCCAGUCAAGCCGGACAGGUCGGUGCAGAUCUGCGCCGACUACAAGUCGACGAUCAACCUGGCCCUUCAGGCAAACCCCUAUCCAGUCCCUGUGGUGCAACACCUGCUCCAUUCCUUGGGGCAGGGUUGCAUAUUUGCCAAACUGGAUAUGGCGCAAGCCUAUCAACAGCUCCCGGUGGAUGACGAUGCGGCGGCUGCCCAGACCAUCGUCACCCAUCGUGGGGCUUUCCGUUGUCGCCGCCUACAAUUCGGUGUGUCCGUGGCCCCGGGGAUCUUCCAAAGUCUCAUGGAGCGCCUGCUCCAUGGGCUACCGGGGGUAGUUCCAUAUUUCGAUGAUGUUCUGAUCGCUGCAACGAGCCGCUCAGAACUCAUCGAAAUAUUAAGGAAUGUCCUCUGUCGUUUCAGGGGCGCGGGAUUAAAAUUAAAAAGCAGCAAAUGCUCAUUUGCUGUCCCUAGGGUAGAAUUCUUGGAGACGCUGACGUCAUCGGCUGUCCUGAUUCAAUAUAAUGACAGGAUGCCAUUGACGUUAGCAUGUGACGCCUCCCCUUACGGUCUAGGGGCGGUCCUGAGCCAUGUCCUCCCAAAUGGCUCGGAGGCCCCUGUGGCCUUUUACUCCCGGACACUCUCCUUGGCGGAGUGCAACUACAGCCAGAUCGACAAGGAGGCUCUGGCUGCAGUUUCCGGGAUUAAGAGGUUCCACGACUACCUCUACGGUCGGCACCUUACCCUUGUCACUGACCAUAAGCCUCUCCUUGGGCUUUUGGCAGGCGAUAAGCCGACCCCCCCCAUCCUCUCCCCCCGCAUGACACGUUGGACGGAAUUCCUUGCAGCAUAUUCCUAUACGCUGCAAUACCGUCCUGGCAAGCAGCUAGGGCACGCUGAUGCGAGAGGAUGGCCUACGGAUAAGGUGGCUGAUAGCUUCCGGCCCUUUAAAGCCCAGCAAGCAGAGCUCUCCCUUCACGGGGGGUGUCUCAUUUGGGGGGAUCGGGUCGUGAUCCCUGCCACACUUCGGCCCCAAGUCCUGCCUUUGCUCCACAAGGACCAUCCAGGCAUAGUGCAUAUGAAGGCAUUAGCCCACAGCUAUGUCUGGUGGCCAUUGCUGGAUGCAGAAAUAGCGGCCUACGUAGGCCGCUGCACCACUUGUCAACUCUCUAGGCCAAACCCACCAGCUGGGCCUGCUCGUGAGUGGGAGGCUCCGAGAGGCCCGUGGUCACGCCUCCACGUAGACUUCGCCGGCCCCUUCCACGGCCAAAACUUCUUGAUAGUGGUGGAUGCCUACUCUCGGUGGGUGGAACUGGUGCUAAUGGCCUCCACCACAGCCGAGAGUACAGUCAGGGCCCUCCGCAGGUUGUUCGCAACCCAUGGGUUGCCGGACAUCCUCGUCUCAGACAACGGGCUGCAAUUUACUGCCACUGCUUUCCAAGAGUUUUUGGCUGAGCAAGGGAUCCGGCAUGCGCCCACAGCCCCGUACCACCUGGCUAGCAACGGCCGGGCGGAGCGGGCGGUCCGCUCAGCUAAGGAGGCUCUGGGCCGCAUGGACCGGGGCGACUGGCAGUCGAGGGUGGCGGCUUACUUGCUAAGCCAACACCCCACCCCCUGCCCGACGACCAACAAAAGCCCCGCGGAGCUCUUGAUGGGCCGGCGCCUGCGGACCCCCCUGGAUAGGGUCGGACUGGCCAAUGGAUCCGAAUGGAGGCGCCACUUGGAUCAAUUGAGGAGGCGCCUCCCUAUGGAGCCUACGAGCGCAGGACCAGACAACUCGGCCACUCCACAGCCUGAAUCACAUUCACAGGCCUUCACAUAUCCAGGCCUGACCUACCAAGCACUACCAGACAGUGACAAUUCCAUCGAGAUUCCUCAAUCCGACCAAUUCCGGCAAGAGGCCUUCUCCAAAUCAGGCCUGGCCUACCCGAGCGCCCCCUGUCGGGUAGCGCCACAGACUUCUUAA